AUGGAUACACAUCUCAAGUUACUUCCUACUAACGGUGUGGAAUUAACAGAUCCAAGCUCUUUUCGCCGUCUCAUUGGUCGUCAAUUAUAUCUUACUGUCACUCGUCCUAACAUCACUUACUCAGUCAAUUAUCUGAGUCAGUUUUUGCAGAAUCCAAAAUCAGCUCACAAGGAUGCUGCUCAGCGUAUUCUACGUUUUCUCAAAGGAACUUUUGGACAUGAAAUAUUUCUGUCCUCAUCCAAUUCUCCAUCCUUUCACGGUAAUACAGACUCUGAUUGGGCAGGCUGCCCAAUUACUCGUCGUUCUACCACUGGAUAUUUUGUUACCUUAGGUAAUAGUCCAAUUUCUUGGAAAUCAAAGAAACAGACUACUGUGGAUCGUUCAUCAGCUGAAACUGAUUAUAGUGCUUUGGAAAAUCUAACCCCUGAGCUUCAAUGUGGAUUGAUUCUACCAAAACAUCUUUCGUCGUCCGAUCAACUGGCUGAUGUUUUCACGAAGCCUUUGGGAGCUUCGCAAUUUGGUCGUCUAGUUGGAAAGUUGGGCGUUCGUUCAGGCUCUACCGCUCCAACUUGA